UUUGCAGGCUGACGCGUUCAAAUGUCCUGUUGGGCUGUGGGACUUUAGAGCUCUUUUCCUGCUACACCUGCCCGCCUGCCAAGCAGGCUUAAGGGGCGCGGCUGGGACCUCUGCCCACAUCGCUUGGGGAAACUUGUGGCAAAAACGGAGAGGACUUUGAGGAGUCCAGACGCCACGCUAUCCCCCUCAGGAGGUCCACAAGGCGAAGGGGACUCUAUUGACUCACGGACUUGGAGCAGAAAAGAUGGGAUGGAGCAGCUAACCACACUGGUGGACUUCUCAGAAGACUUGGCAGACCAGCAGGUGGUGACAGAGUCCACGAGCAGACUGACGUCCCUCCCGCCAAAGGGAACCGCAGGAUCGAGUCACAGGAACAUGGCCAGCAGCAGCAGUGGGACGGCCGUGGAGAAGAAUGUCUUAACCCAGAAGAGCAGCACCACUUACUUCACUUCAUCCUCAGUGGGCAUGAGCAGCAGCAGCUACAGCUCCUCCCCGGGGGUUUACCAGGCAGGAGACGCUGCAGGAGGAGGCCACAACGGCACGGGGAGCUACCUAGAUGGGGAGGGCUACGGCAGCGGUAGCGGAGGAAGCUACCUGGUGAGCUCCGUGUCCAAGGUCAGCUCGUCAGGUGGCGUUAAGAGAGGGCAGGCCGGCGCCGCCGCUUCGUCCUCUGACAGGAAGCACACGGCGAGCAUCCGCUCGGGAGGUUAUGAGGGGAGUUCCAGUGCUAAUUCCUCCCCGGACUUGGCACGCAAAGACUAUGGAAUCUAUUGCUCCAGCGGCACCAGAGGAAGAAGUGAGAGCAGAGAGAGCGAGAUCCGGGCCAGAUUGCAGAGCGCCUCUCCCACGGCCGGCAGAUGGGCAGAGCUAGACGAUGUCAAGAAGCUACUGAAGGUCCGCUCCAGCAGUGCCAACCCCACCCGCUCCUCCAGCACCUCCGCCAUCAUGGCUGGCCCUAAGAAGGCCAGCGUGGAGACCCAGACCAUCUCUGUGACCUCUCGGGCCUCUCAGUCGGUUUUAACAUUUGGUUCUGGUGUCAGAGCAGACGGCCUCCACGCGGUGGACACAAGCGGCCCAUUUGAAAGCGAGCACUUUGAUACGGUGGGGAAAAGCAGCCAGUACGAAGGCAGUGUUAAAUCAGCACACUACAGUGAAGGAGGGAGACCAGGACGCUACGAUACCGGUGUCAGAUCAGUGGGUUACAGCACAGCUGGGAGAUCAGGACAGUAUGAUAGUGGAGUAAGAUCAGUAUCGUAUGAUACUGGUUUGUGGUCAGGACAGUGUGAAGACAGUGUGAAACCGGACCCAGCUGUUCCGUCCAUGACUACCGCUGUGAGAUCUGCCCAGUAUGAUGGUAGUCUGAGGUCGAGCCAGUAUGAUACCGGUGUCAUAUCAUCCCAGUACGAUGGUAGUUUGAGAUCGGGCCAGUAUGAUACUGGUGUGAGAUCAAGCCAGUACAGUAUCAGUCAGAAGUCAGGCAUCCACGACUCCACGGUGAGGUCGGCUCGGUACACUUCCUCCACGCUGGAUGGCGUGCUCCCGUCUUUUCCCUGGCCGCCCUCCUCCACCGCCACUGGUACCGGCGCCGUGGCAGCGGGCGGCACCAGCGGUGGCUACACGAUACACCAGGCCAGUGCCAACAACGUGGCACCCGCUGGCAUCACAGCACCUUCACUCUCAGUUUAUGGCUUUCAGAACAAUUUGGCGCCGACGUCUGGCGGCGCUGUGCUCACUGCAGGUGGAAGCAGCGCCAACACUAGUAUGGCAGGUUAUGGAGUUCAGAAAAACGUGUCCGGCAUCAGCGGUGGUUUGGUGGGCACUGGAGUCUCUUCAGCCACUAGAUCCCAAAAUGAGGACGCAUACAGAGACUACAUGUUUGUCAACUCGGACAAGGAGAAUCUAUCGGGAAAGAGGGAGACGGAAACGCUGGUUUUGGCCAAAGACAGCGGCAAGCAGUUCAGCAGAACUACAGGAGGAGGUUCUCUGUCAGGUGAUUCCCUCCAGAAGGAGAAACUCAUCACAAGCUUCAGUGACACGUCUCAGCUGAAGGCCGGAGCAGGAAACGCUUACUAUGGAUCAUCAGGAGUUCUGAUGAAGGACAAAGCCACACAUGCAAAGAUUCGCAGCAAGGGUGGUGUCUUCGGGGGUGGAGGAUGGUGCUGCUGCUCCGAUGCUUGCUGCUCCUGGUGGAAAUGGCUGCUGGCCUUCCUCCUCCUCUUCUUGCUGCUGCUCGGACUCCUCUUCGGCCUCAUUGCGUUGGCGGAGGAUGUGAGGAAGCUGAAGAAUCGAGUGGCGACCCUGGAAACCGAGUCGGCCGUCGUGUCCGCUCGCACCAGUCAGCUGGCGGGUAACGGUGGCAGCACCUUUGCGGACGGAGGCGGUCAACAAACUGACAUCUUCCUGGUAGGAGGAGGUGGCGGAGGCUCGGACUUAACUUCUGGUGCUGGUGCACAAGGCAUUGGUGUCGGUGCUGGAGCUGGAGGGGCGGCUGACACCAGUGGUACCAGCAUAAGUGGUGGUGCUGCUGCCAGUGGUACCGGCUCCAGUGGCAGUGCAGGUUCCAGUGGCACCAUGAGUGGCAGCGCUAGUGGCACAAGCGUCAGCGGGGGCUCCAGCUCAGGUCGCACUACCAUCGUAAGUGGCAGCACCCACGCCAGUGGUACCAGCGUAAGCGGUGGGGCUGGUGCCAGUGGAACCGGCUUGAGCGGCGGUGCUGGUAGCAGCGAUAGCGUCUCAGGUGGCAGCGGCAGCAGAGGAGGCACCGACUUGAGCGGCGGUACCUCCUCUCGUCACACUACAAGCUUCAGUGGCACACGUGUGACCAACUUCAGUGGCGGUUCCAGCGGGUCCACUUUCACAAAUGGCUUUUGGAGCAGCGGUACUGAUGGUUACAUGGAUGCUGCUGCGCUUCAAAUGGCCAUCCAGCGUAUGGUGAGAGCUGAGAUGCAGUCACAGGCAUUCCAAGCUUUUCUGGCAUCCUCGAUGCAAGGAGACAGAGGACUGCCUGGACCCAAAGGUGAUCCUGGUCAUCCUGGAAUUCCAGGUGUACCUGGUGUGAUGGGUCAUGAGGGCCCUCAGGGUCCCAAGGGCCAGAAAGGAAGCCAAGGUGAGCAUGGCUUGGAGGGUCCUCUGGGUCCACGGGGGCGUGAAGGUCCAUCUGGGCCCAGAGGUGAACCAGGCUUUGGAUCCAAAGGUGAAAAAGGUGAUCCCGGAUCAGUUGGCCAAAAAGGUGAACCUGGUCUGCUUGGGCUCGCCGGAGAGAAAGGAGCUAAGGGAUCCAUGGGACCAGCAGGGCAAGAUGGCACCAAAGGCUCCCGAGGUGAUCAAGGCAGUCCUGGACAGCCGGGACUUAGAGGCCCCGCUGGGCUGCGUGGAGACGCUGGUCCUCCAGGAACACCAGGGCUUCAAGGGCCGCCAGGGGAAACAGGAAGAAUUCUUAAUGCAGCUGGCCUCUCCACUGUGGGCAUCCCUGGACCACCUGGGCCUGUAGGACCUCCAGGUCCCAGUGGCCCUGCUGGUCUACCUGGUCCGAAAGGGGCCAGGGGAGAGCGAGGAUUAUCCGUGACCACAUCUGAGACUUUCAGCUCAAGCGCAGCCGAGAGACAGUUUGCAUCUGGUCGUGUCUCAUUGCUACCGGGCCCACCGGGCCCACCGGGCCCACCUGGACGCCCAGGAGAUUCAAGGCAAGGACCUCAAGGUCCACCUGGUCCACCUGGACCCAAAGGAGAGAAAGGAGAUUCUGGUUUUGCAUCCAGCUCUGGAACCUAUUAUACUGGACCACCAGGACCACCUGGGCAGAAAGGAUCCACAGGUUCUCCUGGACCAAGAGGUUACCAAGGUGAGCCAGGACAGCCCGGUUUGCCAGGAAGACCAGGAAGCUUGGAGAGAGUGUCAACCUACAGUGGAGAACAUCGAGUACAAGGGCCUCCUGGACCGCCAGGGCCUCCUGGAUUGCUGGGACCACAGGGAGUCAAAGGUGACACUGGAGCGCCUGGUAUUCCUGGAUCUUCUCGAGCUUUUUCUUCUGGCGCCAUGUCAGUCACCUCAGGGCCUCCAGGUCCUCCAGGUCCUCAAGGACCUCCAGGGCAGCCCGGCUCCUUGGCUUCAUCCGUCGAGAUGCGGCAAUACCUGACAGAUUACAUAAGUCGAAGCAGAGAGGCAGGCGUACCUGGACCUCCUGGCCCACCCGGACCACCAGGACAACCCGGAAUCUUCACAGGCUCCAUAGAAGAGAUCUCUGCUCGUAUUGUUGCCUACUUGCAACGUUCAGGUCCAAGCUCGGGGAUCAGCAUUGGAGUUCGGGGUCUUCCAGGACCACCUGGCCCUCCUGGACCUGGAGGGGCACUGACAAUCAGCGGUCUCAUUGCCAUGCUACAGAGAGAAGAAGUGAGGAGGUACCUAUCAGGGCCACCAGGGCCUCAAGGACCACCUGGAGCUCCUGGUGCAUCAGGAAGCAUUUCUAGCAUUUACAGCGUUGAGGAGGUGGCCACGUACGUCUUCAAUAUCAUGAACGACAGAGGAAUCGCUCGAGGCCCACCUGGACCACCAGGUCUCCCCGGGCCUCCAGGUGGAGGAGGCGCUGGCUACUCGACUGUGACGAUAGAUUACGCAGCGCUGAUCAGAAAUCCAGACUUCCGUACGUGGAUUAGUUCCGCAGCACACCAAGGUCCCGCUGGUCCUCCUGGUGUUCCAGGGCAACCCGGUCCCCCUGGGCCUCAAGGGCCACCAGGGGUCUCCACUGCCACCGUGCCAGGAGCUGGUGGUCGCGGGUACAGCUUGGAGGAGCUUCAGGGUUACCUCCAAGGCUCUGGACUCAGAGGACUUCCUGGCCCUCCUGGACCUCCGGGCCCACAAGGACCAGCCGGUGGCCACGGUGGGACCGUCUCUUACAGUGGAAGUGUCCCACGGGAGACCAUCCGUACUGAAGUUCACAACUAUCUCAGCACCGAGAGUGUUCGCCGCGCCUACACCGGAGCCCCCGGGCCUCAGGGGCCGAGAGGUCUCAAGGGGGAACGUGGAGAGCCGGGUCACACCCAAAGACACGGCCAGAGUCAAAGCGACUCUCGCUACGCCUCGCAGCAACAUGAGAUCGACGUCAGCAAGAUCAGCGACAGCACAGACUACACCAGCGUGGCCUUGAAGGUCACAGACUACAUCAAGAACCAAGGCCUCCUGCAGGAGUACCUUGUAGAAGGUCCAUGGAGGACUCAUGUCAGAGCGGUUCAAGGCCCGCCAGGCCCACCAGGACCUCCUGGCACACCUGGCAUGAGCCGGGUCAUGGCUGCUUAUGACAAUGUCACUGCUGACCUCAUGGACUUCUUCAGAACUCAUGGCACCGUGCCCGGUCCUCCGGGAAGUCCGGGACCAAUAGGAGACAGAGGCUUCCCAGGACCCAAAGGAGACAAGGGUGAUCCAGGACGUCCAGGAUUACCAGGAAUUCCGGGAUCGUACACGAUCCAAAUUCCACAUGGCGUACAAAGGAGAGACACGGGAAGUCAAGUGGUCAGGCGAAAGAAGCACAGAGGGCCACCUGACGGCGGCUAAAGCCCCAAGAGAAGCGAUGCAAUUUAAAGACAAAAUGCUUUUAUUAAAAAAAAACAGCUUGAGUAUACAUAAUGAAUAAAGGCGCUUGAUGCUGCUGGUCACGGACAGUUUUCCAUCGCUGACAUGAAUACUCCCUUUGGUGUUUCCAAGAGAACAUAUUUGAUCUAGCUGUGUUUUUAUGAUUUGAAGUAUUCUACUGUAUUGAGGCCAAUUACUGUUUGUUGUAUAGAAUAAUGCUGUCCUAAAGCAAAUGCUCAUUUCAAAUGAAUGUGUUGCAAUGUGUUAGCAGUUCACCCAGCCAAGUCAUGACUGAUGAUUGCUUUACUUGAAACAGUUGGAAGGUUUAAAAAAUCAUCAAAAAGAAAGUUUUAGUUUGAGAUAUGUAUGUUUUUGUAUAAGUGCACACUGACUUUGUUACUUACUUCACAGUUUGACAAAGAUUAAAUUAUAAAUUGCUGCCAGGCUUGUUUGACUCAUUU